GUCCCCAGGCUGGGCCACCAGCUUCCAGUCCAGCCCUGGCGGCCACCAUGUCUCCCUGGCUCCCUGCCCUGCUGUGCCUUGGACUGUGUCUGAGUGAGAGGCUGGAGGCACAGGACUAUUCACUCCCCAAACCCUCCCUCUGGGCAAAGCCGGACCAUGUGAUACCUAUAGGGACACGUGUGACCUUCUGGUGUCAGGGCCCACCAGGGGCUAGAGGUUACAGCCUGGAGAAGCUGGGAAGUUACUGGAAUGCAGCGCCCUUCCCUCAGGGGAAUAAGGCUUCUUUCCCUCUGGGGGAAAUAGUAUUAGCACAUGCUGGUCUUUACCGCUGUCGAUACUGGGCCUCAUCUGGCUGGUCAGAGCCCAGUGACCCCCUGAUGCUGAUUGUGACAGGCUGGUAUGCCAAGCCCGUCCUCUCAGCCAUGCCCAGCUCUGUGGUGGCCCCAGGGGACAAUGUGACCCUCCACUGUCAGUCUUCAUAUGGUCUGAAUGGCUUCAUGAUGUCUAAGGAACAAGAAGACAAGGUGACCCCUCAUUAUGAAAGGACUCUGGCCAACUUCUCCAUCUGGGCUGUGACAGCUGCCCAUGGAGGAACUUACCGAUGUUACGCUUUUGAUAGUGACACCCCCUAUGUGUGGUCAGCCCCGAGUGAGCCCCUGGUCCUCAGGGUCACAGAACCUCCUGAUGAGCACAGCCUCCCAGUUACCUGGGAACCAGAGCCCCCAAGCCGAACCUCCUCUCCAAAGCAUUCCAAUGUGCUGUUUGGUCUCCCCAGGCUCAUAGCAAGUAUCCUGAUGGGCCUGUUAGCACUCAUCAUCCUGCUCUUCCUCUUCCUUCUCUUCUUCCUCCUUCGACAACGCAGCCAACGUCAGGCUAGACGCAAGACCAGAGACAAAGAGGCAGAAAUCAAGAAGACCCUGAGAAGCUCUGACCCAGCUGGGACGCCCCUGGAGGAGACCCUGUAUGCCGCUGUGAAGGAGGACAGACAGACAGAGGGGGCCAGACAAGAGGACACAGCUGUUCCCAAACGGGAAGACCCUCAGGAAGUGACCUAUGCUCAGUUGAACCUCACCAGUCUCAGGGCUGGGGCUGAGGAACCUCCCUGCUCUGGCCCAGUGGAGCCCAGCCUCUAUGCUGCCCUGAGAGCCCCUCCUGGGCACGUCUGGUGCUUUACUCUGUGUCCUGCUCAGACUUCAGGCCCCUCUCCCACCAUCAUGACCCCCACCCUCUCUGUGCUGCUGUGCCUUGGGCUGUGUCUGGGCCCCAGGACAAGGGCAAAGGCAUACACACCCCCCAGACCCUCCCUCAGGGCAGAGAAGGGCUCUUUGGUGCCCAUGGGGAGAAGUGUGACCCUCAGGUGCAGGGGGGAACAGGGGGCAGAUUAUUACCUUCUGGAGAAAAAGGAAGAAUAUGGAACAAACCCAAUCAUGGAGGUGAAAUCAGAUGAAACUGAGGUCGAGUUUUCCAUCCCAUCUGUGACAGCAAAUAAUGCAGGGACCUACUGCUGCUUAUACAGACACUCAUCCCUCUGGUCACAGCGCAGUGACCCCCUGCACCUCGUGGUGACAGGCCUGUAUGACCCCCCCUCCCUCUCAGCCUUGCCCAGCCCCAAGGUGGCCUCAGGACACAAUGUGACCCUCCAGUGUCAGUCACAGCACUGGUUUGACAUGUAUGCCCUGUACAAGGAUGGAGAAGAGAUCAGCCAAGGCCAUGUCCAAGCCCUCAACAGUGGCUGCCAGGCCACCUACCACAUCUCUGCCGUGACCUCUGCCCAUGGAGGGACUUACCGAUGCUACACCUUUCACAGUCGCUCCCCCCAGGAGUGGUCAGCCCCCAGUGACCCCCUGGUGCUCAGGGUCACAGGGACCUUCUCCCCAAGCCCUGAACCUGGGAACAGGACAUCUGGUCCCUCCAGCCUCCCAGCAGGUUUCCCGAUAGGCGUCCUGAUGGGUAUCUCAGCAUUGCUCAUCUUGCUCUUCCUCUCCCUCCUCCUCCUCCUCUGCCACCGACGCCGUCGCCUUCGCCAUCAGACCAGACUAGGGAAAGGGGGCAGAGAGACUGAGAUCAAGAAGAGCAGCAGCAGCUCUGACCCAGCUGGGACGCCCCUGGAGGAGACCCUGUAUGCUGCUGUGAAGGAGGACAGACAGACAGAGGGGGCCAGACAAGAGGACACAGCUGCUCCCAAAAAGGAAGACCCUCAGGAAGUGACCUAUGCCCAGCUGAACCUCACCAGUCUCAGGGCUGGGGCUGAGGAACCUCCCUGCUCUGGCCCAGUGGAGCCCAGCCUCUAUGCUGCCCUGAGGUGAGCUCGGCCUGAGCCCAGGGGACCCCAGGAGGAAGAAGCCCCUCCCCAUCCGGCCUCUGCUUUCUGAGGGCAGACCCUGCCCUGCCUAAUCAGCCAGACACCCCAGUGUAAGGACCCCUGCUCCUCACCCCAAGGAGAAGGGCAGAAAGGACUAAAAACUGCUGGGAGCAGGUUCCUCUCUCCUGACCUCAGAUACAGACUGGGCUUUGCUCCAAGUAGAAUGUGCUCCCUGCAACCCCAGGCCACGGGCCUCGGGGCAGAGCAGUCACUGAACAGGAAUUGGGAGUUAUCUGGGUCCUGCUCAAUGGAAAUAUCUGAGUACAUGAGGGGAGUCUGAGUAUAUGAGGGGAGGGAUGCUGUAUGAUAGAGGGCAGAGAGCACCGACCUCCAAGGAAGCAGGAGAGGAUUGGAGAGGAAGAAGAAAGGAAGAGAGGAGAGGACAGGACAGGAGAGGAGAGGAAGAGGGGAGGGGAAGAGAGGAAGAUAUGAUGGAGAGGAGAGAAGAAGAAGAAGGGAGAGGGGAGGAAGUAGACUAAGGAAACAAGUACUUAUUAAGCACCUACUCUGUGCCAGGCUCUGGGCUGAGCACUUUACACAUAUGAUCUUGUUAGAUCCUCAUAACAAAUCUUGGGAGAUACCUGCUACUAUUGCCCCCAUUUUACAGUUUAGGGAACAGAAGCAGAUAGAGGUUAAGGAAGAGGACAGGAAAGACAAGGACAGGAGAAGAGAGGUUGGGGGAGGAAGGGGGGUAUCUAAGGGGAUUCCCAUCACUUGGCCAAUGGCUGAACAACUACUGGGAUAGGGAUGUCCGGAAUGGAAUCUUGAGAAAUGAUGAAGGAGGCGAUUUCAGAGAAUUCUGGGGAACAUAAACUGACACAGAGCAAAGUGAGCAGAAUCAAGAGAACAGUCUGUACCAGGACAACAACACUUUAAUGAAAAUUAAUUAUGAAAGAACAAAGAAUUCUGACCAACUGUGGUGAUUAAAAAUAUGA